AAGCCAGUUCUUAACCAUCGCGCCACUCGGCUGGCCCAACAAUUUUUUUAAAAUUUACAGUUUCUUGGCAUUAAGUACACAUAUUGUGCAGCUAUCACCACUGUCCAUUUCCAGACUACUCCAUAAGUCUUCAUUGUUAUUGGCAUCCUAAAGCCCAGGCUCAAUCUCUUUCCCCUACCUUAGGCAGCCAAUUCCAUCAAGGUAGUCAGUAACACUUAAAAUUAACUCUUAUCGUGUGCCGGGCAAUGAAUGAAGUGAUUAAGGAUCCUAUUCUCCUGUCCUAGUCAGGGGAGACUAGAGAUUGGGAAAGAAGCCCCAGGUAGCCAUUGCUGCAGUCCUGAAACCAAAGAUGCUCUUGAACAUAUAGGCCGAGUGCUUCCAUCAUUCAGUCAUAUAUUCAGUGUAAUCAGCAUGGAAAAAAUGCCAGCCCCAGCUGCCACAUAUGAAAGAAUAGUUUACAAAAAUCCCUCUGAGCACCACUACAUGAAAGUCUGCCUAGAAUUUCAAGAUUGUGGAGUUGGACUGAAUGCUGCACAGUUCAAGCAGCUGCUUAUUUCAGCCCUAAAGGACCUUUUUGGAGAGGUUGGUGCUGCUUUACCCGUGGACAUCCUCACCUACGAAGAGAAGACCUUGUCAGCCAUCUUGAGAAUAUGUAGCAGUGGUCUUGUCAAAUUGUGGAGCUCUUUGACCCUGUUAGGAUCCUGUAAAGGCAAGAAGUGUGCUUUCAGAGUGAUUCAGGUUUCUCCAUUUCUCCUUGCAUUAUCUGGUAAUAGUAGGGAACUAGUAUUGGAUUGAAUAGUCUUCAAUUUCAGAAACGUUCCUCCGCUCUCAAAAGUACUUUUUGAUGCCAGCAUAAUGUUUGAAGACUGAAGCAGGCUAAAAACUUGUUGAGGGAGCUGAAGAUGUUCCCAGUAAUUUCUAGCCGUCAUCUGUGGUGGGCUGGGCUUCAGAGGAGAAUCUGCCUGAACCAACCAGAGCUAAGCCGACAGCGCUUUCAGCCUGUGCACAUCAGAGUUGGAGACCGGGCUGAACUCAGCAGGGCCUUCACACAGAGGGAUGUGGUUACCUUCUCAGAAUUAACAGGGGAUGUCAAUCCUUUGCAUUUAAAUGAAGAUUUUGCAAAAAACACCAAGUUUGGAAAGACAAUUGUGCAUGGAGUUUUGAUCAAUGGACUUAUUUCAGCUCUUCUGGGUACUAAAAUGCCAGGACCAGGCUGUGUAUUUCUUUCCCAGGAAAUUAAGUUUCCAGCCCCUUUAUAUGUUGGAGAAGUUGUUUUAGCUUCGGCAGAAGUGAAAAAGCUGAAGCAGUUCAUUGCUUUUAUCGCAGUGUCAUGUUUUGUAAUAGAAAGUAAAAAGACUGUUAUGGAAGGCUGGGUCAAAGUUAUGGUCCCGGAAGCUCCCAAAUCCUGAUAUAUGUGUUUAAAGAUGCACGUUCAGGCAUCAAUGCUACUGUUAUUGGAGAGCCUCUGAGGAAAUCACAGAUCUCUGCUCUUCAACAAGGAAUGGCUAACUGACACCACAGCUCAUAUUGGGAGAGGGGAGGAGGUAGAGAGGUGUUCACAUGUCCACGUGCCAGUUUGGUUUAUGCUUCACACAGCCUUGAGUAUAUUUAUCUGUCUAGGUUUUUGUUUUUUGUUUUUUGUUUUUUUUAAUUGAGUAAAUACUGGAAGAGUUAUUUAACUAAAGGUUCUACUUUUAGGAUUUCAAACCUAGUUAUAUUUGUGUUUGGAUAAUACAAACCUACCUACACCUGUACAGAAUAAGUUUCUCAUUGAAUUUAUAACUAGCUAGCAUUUAAUUGAAGGCAACAAUAGAAGUUGAGUCAUCUUUGAAUACAUAUCUUUUACCAGUAAACAUUCUUAGAUACUGUUCUUGAGCAAUUUCUGGAUCAGUUUUUUUUGUACUUUGUAACUGUUACAUGAAGAUGGCAUCUUGCCUAACCUUCAAGUGUUACUUGCCUUUCAGAUGUGUAGAUUUGGACUCAGUUAUGUAAGCUCUUGGUUUAAUCUAUAAAAUGGGGAUAGUAACACCUACCAUACAGGAUUGUUGGAUAUGAUACAAAUAGCAAAGGACACGACCUAACCUGUAAAUAGUAGCUACUACUAUUGUUCAUUCUCCUCUGUGAGUGAGGUUAGAGGUUUCCCUGAGGUUAAAGGUAACUGGCCCACAGAUAAGCAGGCCAGUCUUUCAGGAUGUCAGCCAACCUCUUGGUAUUCUAAACAUGGGAUAGAUCUUAAAUGCAAAGUUUCUAUUUUAGUAAUCCAGAUUAUGUUCUCCCUUCCUUGAAAGUAUUGUGGGUUCCCCCUUUAUAUAAAUAAUCUAUGUUUAUUGUAAAAAUAAAUUACAAGAAAUAAAAACUAUAAGGAACACUUGGAGGCCAUGUUCUCAAGAGUUGAGGGGUGCUGACAAGGAAAUGUGCCUAAUAUGCUAGUACUAAAUGGUCAUCCCCAA